AUGAAGCUUUCCGCAAUCGUUGCCAUCUUUGGCCUUGCAGCCUUCGCCAAUGCCUCGUAUAUUAAUUAUACCACUGUAACUGGGUACUUUUUGCAAGAUGAAGGCUCUACAAAUGCUACAGAAUUUAUUUACUACGAAGAGAAUUUUGGCCUCAUCAACCGCACUUAUCCGGGCGAAGAGGAUAGCUGUGUCUUGAAAGGCAUGUCACAAUGGCAAAGAUUCUAUGAGGAGGUGAUUCGUUUAAACCGACAAGCCCCUCCCAAUGUUCAAUACAAGGUAUUCUUCUUCGGAAGACAUGGUGAUGGAUAUCACAAUGCCGCACAAACAUAUUAUGGUACUCCGGCAUGGAAUUGUUACUGGGCCGAACUUGAUGGCAAUGGCACUACAACCUGGCGUGACGCAGCCCUCACUCCCGCUGGAAUUGAUCAAGCUGAAACGGCGCACAACUUUUGGCAGGAACUCAUCAACGAGCAAAGCAUCCAUACUCCAGAUGCGUAUUUUACUUCACCGCUCACCCGCUGUCUCCAGACAGCCAACUACACUUUCAACGGACUCGAUUUCCCUCAAUCCAGCGCAGAGUUCAAGCCUACGAUCAAGGAACUUCUCCGCGAGGGCAUAAGCAUCCACACAUGUGACAGUCGUAGCAACGAAUCAUAUAUCCACAACUUGGUUCCAGAUUGGACUAUUGAGUACGGAUUUACUGAGUACGACGAGCUCUGGAAUGGUGUGACAGGCGAAACUAGCGACGCAGAAGCCGUUCGGUCCAAAAAGGUCCUCGACGAGAUGUUCAGGGAGCUUGGAAGUGACAAAAACGAAAAUCUCUUCGUAUCUGUGACAAGCCACUCAGGCCAGAUUGGUUCUAUGCUGAGUGUUUUGGGUCACCGAUCAUUCAGUCUUAAUACUGGCGCCGUGAUCCCCGUCCUUAUCAAGGCCGAGACGCUACAGGAGACUGUCGCAACCACAUGUUUCACUUGGUCAACAAGCGCACACUGUACUGCUCCACCUGCUACUUCUGUUGCAAGUUGCGUUUGUGCUUCUUCGACUCCAGCAAUAACAACACCUUUGGUAACAGUUACCUCGGAGCCACCUACGAUAACUGCACCGGUCUGUUACAAUUUGUGUUAA